AUGAGGCCUUCUUUGCUAGUCUCUCUCCUACUUUUGUCCAUUUUCUUUUAUGAUGCUCAAGGUAUACGCUUGGAAAAAGGAAUUUUUGCAGCUGGGAAACAUAAGAUCCAAAAGGAAGGUGUUGUUGAAGGGGUCAAUAGCUGCACAGAUGGGCAUUGUUCAGGGCUGAUUAGAAAACUUAUGGCCAAAACCAAUUCUACUUCUAGGACUAUCACCACUUCAAAGGUUGGUUUUCUUGGGAAAAAAAAUGUCUUAGCUUUUCUCCCCAAGGAGAAAAUAGAAACCCCGUCUUUUCCCUUGUUUCCCUCACAUAAUUCUACGCUUUUACAGAAUGGCAAGAAUGAAGGAAAUAGAGCUGGAGGACUAGGUGGAAAAGAAGAAAAUUUAUCAGUUAGUUCGUCGCCGGAUUCCGGUCACGGGGAGUCCUCUCCCGAGCACUAUCCAGACAGUUUAGACAUAGCAGGAAUGGAUUAUUCUCUUGCAAGGAGAAAAGCUCCAAUACACAAUUGA